UUAUAAAUGGCUUCCACACCCCCUGCUUAUGCACACUCCCUGGGAUCGCGCAGCACCGCAAUCAGGUGGGACACUAAUCGUCAUACAGGACCUAUCUGCGAAGUCCCGAUCAUGUGAUCACUGAUUGGCCAAUCAAUGAUCACUACAUGUGAAAUCUGUGAAUGAUCACAGAGGUCACAUGGUACAAGGCCAUUCACAACAGCCUUGUACCAUGUGACAAGCUGUGACAAAUCACAGCUCACAGAGUAGUUCUCAAUGGCUGCAAGAAUGUGAAAG